UUGAAUUAAAUAUAUCAUUGGUGUCACCAAAACUAGAGAAUAAGUAAAAAUAGAAAAAUGGAAUUCAAGAAUGGCAAACAUCAAUUGAAUUUUCCAUUGAUUAUAGCCAUCAAAGGUCCUUCAAACAAUAAAAAGAGUGAAAUAGCCAUUAAGUUAGCCAACUUUCUUCGAUGUCCUCUUUUCGAUGAAGCAGAUAUCAUUCUAGCUCUUGAAAACUCCACUGAUGAGUCUUAUGAUGAUGAUCUGCCUUUCGAAAUUAUUUUUCAACUCUCGUCAACCCAACUUAGUUUGAAGCUCAAUGUUAUAAUCAAUAGUGUCCUAUCCAAACACACCCAUUUUGAAAAUUUGCUGCAAUUGGCAAGUUCAAAUGGGGCAGGUUUACUUAUAAUUGAUUGUGAAUCUCCAAAUGAUGGUGUUGGUGCCAUUGAUAGUGUCCCUAAGCUCAAUAUUGACACAAACAAGCCAUUUGUUGUGGAAGAAUUUGUCCAUACAAUGCUAAGAGAGCUGGAAUUCCCUCAAGAGACUAAUGAAGCAUAUGAUUAGAAGAAUGUGAUCCAUUUGGAAUGGAAGUGGAGACGCAGGAAGAAGCCAAGAGUUUGAAGUGAUGACAGUCUCUGAUAUUACUGGACAUGUUAUCCUAGUAAUUAAUAUUGGCCCUGAAAAAAGAUUAAAUAAGAGCACUAUUUAAAUACAUUAAUUACUCUUCAUAGUUGGAAUUUAAUUUUCAUUAACGGUAAAAGUAAUUUAACGUUUCUUAUAAAAUUUGUUGUUUUAGUCCCUAUUUGACAAUGA